AUGGUCAUUGUGCGAAGACUAUUUCAUCAUAUAUGGGAUCGGGAGCCUGAGCUAUUUCAUCAUAUAUGUGAUCGGGAGCCUGAGUUCCAAAGUGAUGAAGAUGCAAUUAACCAGCUGGAGGUACUGUUGACACAUAUUGGAUCCAGUCCUAUAUUAUUGAUCUUGGAUGAUGUCUGGUCUGGAUCAGAAUUUCGUCUUGAGAAGUUUAAGUUUGACAUCCCAAAGUUCAAUAUUCUGGUGACCUCAAGAACUACAUUGCCAGAAUAUAGCUUUACAUAUGACUUAAAACCAUUAAAUGAUGAAGAUGCAAUGACUUUGCUUCAUCACUUUGCAUCUCUGCAAGAUGGGAGUUCUCACAUUCCCGAUGAUGUUAUCAAAAAGAUAGUGAGAGGUCGUGGGGGGUUCCCACUAGCCCUCAAAGUGAAUGGCAAAUCACUCUAUAAGAAGAUAGUGAGAGGCUGUGGCGGGUUCCCACUGGCACUUGAAGUGAUUGGUAGAUUACUGAGAGAGAACCCUGUUGAGGCCUGGUGCAGUAUAGCUGAGAAUGGGUCUAAUAGUCAUUAUAUUUUCAAUUCUAAUUCUGAUUUGCUUGAUUGUCUUCGAAAAAGCCUAGAAUUUUCAGAUCAUGAGGUCAUCUUCAAAGAAUGUUUCAUGGAUCUAGGUUCAUUUCCUGAAGACCAAAGGAUCCCUGUUGCUGCCCUUAUUGAUAUGUGGGCAGAAUUACAUAAACUAGAUGAAGUUGGCAACAAUGCCAUUCACAAUUUAAAUAAAAUCGCCACCCGGAAUCUGGCUAAUCCUGUGAGGAAAAGGAAAGAUGCAGGUGAGAUCAACAAAUAUUAUAAUGAGGACUAUGUCACACAACAUGAUCUUCUUAGAGAGCUAGCUAUAUUUGAAAGCUGCCAGGGGCCAGAAAGACAAAGGCAAAGAUUGAUUAUGGACAUAAGUGGAAACACUCUACCAAGUUGGUGCACAGAACAGGAUCAGCAACCCAUCAAUGCCCGCUUGUUAUCAAUCUCAACUGAUGAAUCGUUACUGUCAACUUGUUGCAACAUUCAAGCACCCAAAGUUGAGGUUCUAGUUCUGAACUUCCAGACAAAGAAUUACAGCUUUCCUAACUUUGUGGAUAAAAUGGAUAAUCUCAAGGUUUUGAUAAUCACUAAUUAUGGUUUCUUUCCUACCGAAUUAAGAAAUUUUCAACUACUCAAGUCUCUACCCAAUCUAAAGACAAUCAGAUUGGAGAAGCUUUCAAUCCCUUCCCUUUGCAAGGCCCCUGUAUUGUUGAAGACUUUGAAGAAAAUAUCAUUGUUUAGGUGUAAUAUUGGUCAGGCUUUUGGGAAUUGUACUAUCCAAGUUUCAGAUGCAUUGCCAAAUCUAACGGAGAUAAACAUUGACUAUUGCAAUGAUCUUGUGGAAUUGCCUGCAAUGCUGUGUGAUGUUAUCCUCCUAAAAAAACUCAUUAUCACCAAUUGUUGUCAGCUGUCUUCACUUCCCAAAGGAAUUGGAAAGCUGGUGAAUUUAGAAGUUCUUAGUCUUAGGUCCUGUACUGAUUCAUCUGAGUUGCCAGAAUCAAUCAAAAGCCUCAAUAAGUUAAGACUUCUCGACAUAUCUGAUUGCCUAAGCAUUACACACUUGCCAAAAGAGAUUGGAGCAUCUUCUUCGUCAUCAUCCUUAACACCUCGAUUGAAACGUGAUGUUUUUUUAAGUUUUUGUGGCAAGGACACCCGUCAUAAUUUUACGGAUCAUCUAUUUACUGCGUUGAAAGGCAAUUUCAUUGAGGUGUUUAGGGAUAAAGAAGGACUCAAGCAAGGAACAUUCAUCGAUUCAGGGCUCACGAAAGCAAUAAAAGAAUCCAAGAUCGCAAUUGUUGUUCUCUCAAAAAACUAUGCUUUCUCAAGAUGGUGCUUGAAGGAACUUGCCCAGAUUGUUGCAUGCAUAAAAGAGACGGGUAUAAAAGUUAUACCCGUCUUUUAUCAUUUGGAUCCUUCUAAUGUAGGGAGGCAGAAUGGAACUUUUGCUUCAGCCUUUGCUAAACAUAAAAGGGACUCCAAAGUUAAGAGUGAGGGAUACAAAAGUGGAAAAAUGCUUUGA